UGGACUCUCACUCGCGACCACGAUCAACAGAGUGACGGUCCCUUGCUCCCAACUCCCUCUCUUCUCUCUACUCUCACCAACUCGCCAUGGCUCGCACCCUGCCUCUUACCAGCCGUCUGAUCGCCACCCCUGGCGUCCUCUCUUUGGGAGACAUUCAAUUUGUCCCCCAAACUCGCGCGAUUUCCGUUACGCAAAGAGUUUUCCGGACUUCCGCCUCACUAGACUCGCGAGCCCCCCAGACGCCGCCGGCUCGAGCUUCAAACGCGGAGCCGUCAACUCGCGCGAAUGCUGCUGCCACAGCCCACCCCGUCGCGCCGUUCAACGACGCGACUAACGUGCCGCGCAUCUGCACGCUGAUCGAUUUCACGGAUCGACCUCUGCCGUACGAUUUCCGGCCGUCCGCUUCGCCGCUCCCCACCGGUUUUGGGAACGGGCGCGCGCUACCGAAUACGCCGCCGUCGCAGCAGCCCCGCGCGCACGUGCCCGCGGGACAGGUGGACGUGCUGGGAUCCGCGGGGAAUUUCCUCGUGGCGUCGGCAUCCGCGGUGGCCGCUUUCUUCGGCGACAUUGAGACUUUGACCGGCCGCCUAGCCAUGAUGUCGUGUGCAGCUGCGCUCGCCGCGCAGGUUCUCACCGGCGGACAGGCAAUCCUCAUCGACUAAUUCGCGACCACGCGUACCGAGCCGCGCUAACUCACACCGUCUUUUUAAUCGGGUUGAGUUCUUACUCGCAUCGCCUCGCGUUUCACCUCGCCACGUGGCCUUUCCGCCGGAGUGUCCAUCAAUUGCCUGCGAUUUUACAACGCUCGAGAAGGGAACGGUCAUCGCGAAGAAAUGAGUCAUCGCUGCUGCAGCAACUGCAAGGAACGUGGUGCUUCUGUAAACGUGGAGCGUCUAUUAUCGCGGUGCUUCUACUAACGCGGUGCUUUCAUCAAAGUGUUGGUACCACUAACAUGAACAUCACUCCCUGCGCUCUCCGCUCUCUCGCCUCUCCAAUCCAUUCGCUCUUCCGUGUAUUGCGGUAUGUUCUUUCGCCACAAGCAUUCGCCCUAACACCAUAUUAGAGUCAGAUACCGCAAUCCCCCUACCACCCGAUGCCGUCGCCUGCCCCGAGCAUUCUCUAGGGGAGGGGCUGCUGCUUCCAUCUAGGUAGCUGCCCUUGGAUCUGAGAUUAGUGCGUAAGGCGAGGCUUCGAUAACGACACCAACCGCUUGUUCGCUAUACCAAGUUCACCCCAGUGCUGGUUUGUGAGUUUUAUUGCAACCAGGCCUUAUACAUAUUGGGAGUAUCAAACACUGAUGUGGUGUGUGUUAGAGUAGGGGGGAAAGUUGUG